AUUUGGGGCACAUACAGAUAUGAAGCAAUACAAAACUUAGGUCAAAUUUAGUACAUUAAACAAAUAAAUAAUAUGGCAACACUUCAGACGAAUUUUAGACUUUACAAACUUGUUAAAACUAAAUGUUUGACAAUUUUAAAUUUUAACUAACCCAUAGCUUAAAAAGUGAAUGGUUCAUACUUAAUACCUUGCUUGGUGACUUUUGGAUCAGUAAGUCUCAUGGACAACAAGUCUGCAGUUUCAGCGCUUCAGGAAUAUUGCGCACAAGCAAAGACCGGGAACCCCGUUUAUGAAUAUCUUGACGGGGAGGACGGCGGUUAUAUUUGUAAAGCCGUUCUUUUGGAUAUUGAAGCCUACGGCAAUGGUCGGUCGAAGCGUGAUGCCAAGCACUUGGCCGCCUCCAAUAUAAUGCGCAAAUUAUGCAAAGUUCCUGGCUUAAGUCACUUAGGUGUGGAUGUCAACGAUAAUUGUCAAGAUAAUUUAAAUAUGACUAGUGUGGUCGAUGAGCUGACGAACAUAAAUCGCGACAUGCUGAAGGAACUACGCGAUUAUUGUGUCCGUCACGAUAUGCCGCUGCCCAUUAUCGAAAUAGUCCAACAGAGCGGAUCACCGAACGCUCCUGAGUUUGUAGCUUGCUGCUCGGUGGCGUCCAUCAAACGUUAUGGCAAGUCUGAUAAGAAGAAGGAUGCACGUCAACGCGCUGCCAUUGAAAUGCUGUGCGUUAUAUCGAACGAUUCGAAUAAUGCAAAUCCGGAUAAUCAAGUGGCUUGCACCAAGGCAAAAAACGUUAACGAUUUGGAUAGCAGUAUAGAGGAUGUGGAAACCGAACGUCGGCGUAAAUUCAAGACAUAUCGUGAGUUAACCGACGCCGGCUGCGAAGAUACACAAUCCGUCAAAUUGUGCGAUCGUCACAAUUACUUCAAGUCCUACUAUCCACACCUAAAACAAGCUGCUUUCGAGGCCAUGAACAACGACAGCUAUUUAUCAGGCAAAGACAAAUUGCUGGCUGUGCUCGAAGCACUUAAACUAACUCCACGCAUCACUACACUCGAGUCAAGUUCUUUUGAGCCUUUGCUAAUGCUCGAAUUAAACUGCGAAUACGAUUGCAUAUUUGUGGGACUGGAAAGCAAGAUCUAUGGGGAAAUUGUAGAAUACUUUCGUGAUAUGCUGGUUUAGACUGAAAAGGGAAGACGUGCUCAAAAACGCCGUUUAUUUCUGUUUAUACAUAUAUAUAUAUAUUUA